AAACGCUUUUUUGUUACAUUUUGACGAAAGAAUAAUUAGUUUUCUCGUUAGUUUUCAAUUAAAUCAUGUCCGUCCCGGUGACUGCCCUUUGCAGCUGGACCCAGACCGCUGGAAAUGAGCUGUCCAAACUGGUGCCCACACUCCUGUCAGAUGAUGAUGUGUUUGUAAAGCCCGACCUAGAUGACGUGGUCAAUGAGAAUCUCGCUGUCCUGUUUUCCAACAAUGAUGUGCCGCCACCGCCCUGCGAGCUGCAUUUUGAAAUAGUUCCUCGUUUCAAAAUCGCCGCCCUCACGCUCGUCUGCAGCGCGCCCAAGGUGGAACUAUUUUUAGGCCCAUUGCAGGAGUACUACGAAACUAUCUAUGGCAUUUGCCUCGAGGAAGAUGACGACGAAGUGCCGAUACGCCCCUAUCGCUAUGAUAUGGAAAUUGAUCGCUCCGGCAUUGCGGUUAUAAAUCUCAAAUUGCUGACAUCGGCCAACGAAAUCUGCGUUUAUGGAGCCAUCCUGCAUGUAGCGCCGAAUCCGAAUGGCAUUACCACACAGCUGCAGCGACCUGUGGACUUGCAAAAAGUCCAGAAACUGCUCCAAAAAGAUGGCACUGGCGAUAGAAAAUCCAAGGCAGAGGAGCUGCAGCAGUUUAUGUCCCUCAUGAAGGGCUGUACGACGCCGGCGGAGACGCCAUCUACACUCAAAGCGGAGGAUGUCGGGGAGAAACCUCCGUUGGAGCUUAUGUCCCUGAUAAAGGGUUGCACCACGCAUGGCGAGACACCACCCCAGAGUGUAGUUUCAGAUUUAUCCAGCCUCCAGUCGCACAUCGACAAGAAAUUCGAGCAGCUGGAGCAACUGGUGACGAAAAGACUGGAAGCGUUUGAGGUUCAGCAAACGGAUAAAUUGAACCAAAUUAUUGAACUACUGCAAAGUAGGAACUGACAUCUCGAAUCUAUACCCAAAUGUAUUCACCUAUUGUUUUUCUUGUACAUCAUAUCAUACCUAUAUGUAUUUGUAUUUUUCUGAACGCCCUAUGACUAUUGGUGCAACUGUUUCGAAUGUGAUUAAACGAAAUUUUCACUUCCAUGACUAAAUUUA